UCAUCUCACACUCAUCAUUAGGAUUUACACUCCACACGGAUCAGUUCUACAGAGCAACAGGAUUAUUACGCCGCUAACAUGGCCGCCUAUAAUGUCCAGUGGGUGGGAUCCUCUUACCCGACAUACCCGAAAUAUACAUACCACUCUUCCUCAUCAAUGAUGAUGGGACCACAGCCUCUGGGCCGUGACUAUUACAUCCCUAAUGGCCAGUACUGCUCACUGUACAAUCAGCAUGUGCAGCAAUAUCAGUACACAGUGGCCACAGCACCAGAGGGAUCUUAUUAUGGAGACAGUUCUGCUUAUGGACCUGUGUAUGCUACAGGGUACUAUACUCAUUACCAGCCUUCUGUGGCAUAUUGUAUGAUGGACACUUACCAGCAGCAUCAGGGAUCGUUUGCUCAACUGCAAGCCACGCCCACUCUGCCCAAAAGACCUCGCAAACUGAUUACAAUCCGAGACCCGAACCAGGGAGGACGUGACGUCACGCAGGAGAUCCUGUCUGGAUCAAACCUUGAGACCAAACCUGUCCAGGAUCUCCAGUCUAUCCCAGUCGCUUCUGCUCCUCCAGUGGAAAGUCAGGAUGGGAUUUUGGUUAAAACCUCAUUUCCAGCUCCAUCUUCUUUACCUGCUGCACUGCCUGUAUUGAGUAGCAGUGUGGAAGCUCCAGUGGCAGAAGAAAACAAGGGCUGCAAUGAUUUAAAUGAAGCAGAGCCAAAGGAUCCUCAAUCAAAUCAUUUGGUCUCUGUUAUUGACUCCUCCCUUAAAGAAAUACCCAAAGUGGAGUCUGAAUCUAAGGUCUUUCUAAAAGGUUCUCCAUCUUCAUUUUCAGAAAUGGCUGCACUGUCUGAAUUGAACGGCAGUGUGGGUGUCCCCAUGGAAUCUGAAAAAGAGGUGGAAACCAACAACAAUGACCCUACAGAACUGAUCGAGCUCAGUCCUGCGGUUAACAUGGGAUCUGUUUCUAACGCCACCGCCGAUGAACAGCCCAGUGAGAACGCUUCCUCUGCCACCGGAAAGACUGAUGAUGAGGUCAAACCAAAUCUGGUGCCCUCAGCACCAAACAUAUCUGACACUGAGCAGCUGCAGGGAUGCGUGAGCGAGGACGACGAGGAGAAAGUCAAAGCCAUCAUUGACAUCACUGUGGAAAGAGCCACAUUAGAACCAAACUCUGCAGUGAUGUACGCAAACUUUUGCUGUGAACUUAAGGAGUUCCGGAAGCUGAAAGUGCCCAACCUGGAGAAGAUGCUGCUCAGCCGCUGCCAGGAGGAAGUAAAGAGGGAGAGGAAGAAUGACAGACUUUUUGCGAAGAAGCAGAAGGAGAUGAAUGAAGCCACCGAGAGAGUACAGCAGCGCUUAAAGAAAGAUCUAGAGAAAGAGAAGAUCAGCGCUUUCCAACAAUCCCUCAACAACAUGGAAUUCACUGCAGAGCUUUUCAAGCUGAAGUUGCUUCCAAAGCGGAUCAUAAACACCUGGAUUGAACAGAAGCUUGUAGUGAACCCCAGCGAGGACAACGUGGAAUGUCUCUGCAGGCUGCUCUCCCUCACCGGCAAGCACCUGCAUAGUGACGAGGACCAGUACUUGAUGGGACUCUACUUCUCGGCUAUCAACCAAAUCAUCAAGCAGAAGAAAACCUCAUCUAGGAUGUGCUGCAUGCUUCAGGAUAUUGUGGAUCUGAGACUGAAUAACUGGGAGCCAAAGAGCGACAAUCAGGGCACCAAAAUCAACAAUAUGGUCCACAAUGAAAUAAAACAAGAAGACAAGAAGGUGCCAUCCAGAGAGAACAUUAAUCCAAAAAGAGAGACCCGAAAAGUCCAGAGACAGGACAAUGGUUUGAUCCUGGUGACCAUUAAAAACCAAACCAUCAGUACAGCCCACCAGAUCAAGAACAACAAGGUACAAACCAAUACUACUACCUUGAACCACCACCAGCUUGAUGCCCCUAAAAAAGCAUGCUCAUGGGAAAAUCGGGGCAUCAAACCAAAACCCAGCACUGAAGUUGAAAAAUAUGCAUAUUCUAGGAACUACAGCAGAAAUGAUUAUUGUGAGAGAGAUCAGGAUCGCUUUGAGUGCUGGAACAGGAGGGACAGAAGAUAUAGAGGACAGGACAUGCGUCCUCGUCACUCCGUCUAGAAACAUCAGAGAAAACAAGCUGGAGCUUUCUGAAAUAAAGCCACACACAGAACAGCUGCCUCCAAAAUCAACAACCAUUAAGAACCAUGAGCAAUAAAAACAAUAAAAUUUCGAA